GCAUAUAUCCUUUAUUAUUUGGGGGCUCCUCCUCAAUAGCACUGCAAAGAUAGAGAAAAUGAAAUCAUCAGGUCGAAAAGCUCUCCAGCCAAGAAACAUCUUCAACGUCCCAGCAGCAGAUACGCAACUUCAGCUGAAAAGGGCCAAAGCUCCUCCUCCUCUUCAUGAUGAUGCCAAGGAUAAUCUUGUUCCAGUUCCACUUCCUGUUGUUGAAUCAAUGGACGCUUCCCUUGCGGAGGAGCUGAACGCCUUCAAGAAGAAACUCGAGAGGUUGAGAGAGGAUCGGGAGAGGACUGAGAAAUUGCUGGAGGAGAGAGACGGGGCCUUGGACCUGAAGAUGAGCCAACUCCUCCAAAGAGGAGAGAUCCAGAAAAGCCUUGAAAUCCAAGUCGAUCGUCUCUUUAGAUUGAAGGAGCUCCACUCUUAUUCCUCCAAAAUUUUACCAGUCCGAUCUCUGAGAGCGAAAGAGCAGGAGAAGAGGAAAAGCUUCAGCUUCAAUUUUCAGGAAAGAGCAGAUGAACCGGAAGCAGACAGCAGAGAGAUCGCAAGCGACUUAUCAAAGGAAGCAAACUACUAGGCGGCACAGACCAACAACCCCCACUUUCCUUUGAUGAUUUUGUCUUUGUCUUUAAGAAAAGCUUUGUUUCUGUAAUUACUGUCUCGUUACUUACGCCUUUUUAUGCUGGGCCCCUUCUCAUUUCAUCCACAGGCCCAUUAAAUUAUUCACUCAGAAGAUUUCUUAAAGUAUCUGUAUUUGAAGAAGUAUAUCUUAUAAAAGUAAUAAUAUUUUACUAAAAAAAUAAAAACUAUACCUGUAUAAGAGACUUUCAUAAAUCUUCUCGAUAAAUAAAUUAUAAAAUCCCCUAUAUAUUAAAAGAGAAACAUUUGAAAGAUUAUAACCUUAAUUUUAUAAUAAUUAAAAAAAAACUUUAUGUUUAGAUGUUACUUAAUUAGGUAGUUAAUUACAUUCAAUUGAAAAAUAAGUAGGUCUACAUUCGAUUUUUAUAUGUCUCUAAAUACAUUCGUUGGUCAAACUAUAUGAUAUGAUAUGAUAUUUACGAUAGAAGCAUUUAUGAUUGUUCCGCUAUAUAUAAUUAUUAUUUUAUUUUCUUUCCUUAAAUAAAACCUACGAAAUUACCAUAAAUGACUAAUAUAUAUAUAUGAUAAUUAAUGAUUUAAUAAUAAAUAUUUGAUAACAAUUUAUAUCUCUUCCAUCAUUUUUUGUUUAAUUUUAUAUUAUUAAAAUAAAUUAAACAAUUAAAUUAGCUAUAAAAUUAAACUUUAGAUUUUUUUCGUAUCUUAUAUAAUAAAACAGGGUUUUCUCUCACCUCCUGCUGCCACGUCACUCUGGAGAGAUGGGCGUUUGGCCCCACGUGUCGCACACCAGAGCAUUUGCGUUUUUUUUUUCCAGCCGGUUUUCGUGUGUUGUUCCUCGCUCUUUAUUUCUUAGAUGAAUUGAAUUGUGUUUCAAAGGCUUUAAGUUCCAUUUGGAUUCAUUGUGUGGGCCCAUCAUUAUACAAGAAUCUCGGCCCGGCAUGUCUUCUAGGGCUGUCUUAGCGUCUUCAUGGUCAAGCUAAAUAGUCGGCGCCGUAAACAUUCAGGUGUUCAUGGUUUCCGAAAGAAAAAUCUGUAACCUUUUCCCCUCUCUUUAGCUCCACCAUCAAUCCAGUCGCUAAACUACACUCCACCUCCCCUCCCACUCACUCCAUCUCCCUCCACCUUUUCUGUAAACCGUCGAUGUCGUAUAUAUAACAUCUUCAUGCUGCAAAGGAAACUCACAGUUUUGGCAUCUCCCUGUAAGUUUAGCAUGUCAAAUAGGAAUACGAAAGGUGCAAUCUUGUGUCUUCUUUCUCAAAAUCAAGUGGAGAAACAAACGAAAUUUGUCUGAAUCAGAGGAGAGAGAAAUUAGCCAUGCAAUUCUGAAAUAUCUCAUAAGUUAUAACAGAGCGAGGAAGAUGACGAAGAUGACAAAGGAAGUGGCGAAUGGAGUGCUGCUCUCUGGGGUUAUAGGUUAUAAAAGUAUAUGGUUUCUUCUCGAGCUCAAUGGUUAAUAGCACGGUCGGCUAGGUUUUUGAUGUUGUUGAAGUAGCAGGAAGGAACGUUAUGAAAACAUCUUCAACCUAUCAUGACUACUGAAAUUUGUGAUCACAUGUAUGGAGCAAAGACAUCAGAGGUGACAAACGCAGGGCUUCGAGCAUGAGAGUGUGCCCUUGGAACGGCUUGAACAGUUUUCAAGAUCAGACAAUCUAAUAUCCCAAAGAGUGCACUAAAUCCAUCAUCCCUGGCUAAAACCGCAAUUAAAACGGCUUUUAAAGAAAAUAAGAAGGGGAAAAAGAGUCUAAGUAGAUGUUGUGUUGUUUGUACAUCAGUCUCUUUGCCUUAGUGCAGAAGCAAUAGCAGAUUAGAAAGAUUACGGUUUUGGUUUUUGUUGUCGGGGCAUGUAAUUAGCCUUCUUUGAGAAUCAAUAGUUAUACAAACAUUGAUACAUUUUGAAAAUAUUGGGUUUGAUUGUCAUCAUUUUCUUAAAUAUUGGGUUUCUUUGAGUAGUGAA